AUGACAGUCUAUUCCUUAUCGCUUCCUUCCGCGGAGCCGACGACGCCACUAGCUGCCGGCUCCAGCCGGCAUGGAUCUCCUUCCGCCAGCCCGCUGGAACGUCGUCCGAAAUUAACAGGAAAGCGAAAAGCCGACAUCGGUCCGUUAAUUCUAUCCAAACGACAUCAGGCUUCUUCCGCCAGCCGACAACAAGUGGAACACUCACACAUCCUACCGGCUGCUUUCAGAAAUGCUUUUGAUGCGGGUUCUGGCGAUUCUCCAUCUUCUUCUUCAACAAUAUCAUUAGAGGGUCUGGUCCGUGAACAUAGAGAACGACUGUAUGUUCGCCCUUUACAAUGGACGAUGCAGCAUCUUCUUGUACUUCAUUGCCAAUUCGUGGACCACGCUCGGACGCCCGAUAAAAUGUUUGAGCGAACUGAAGCGAAUGGUCCGAGAAAUACUCCGCAAAACCACCAAUUAACAAUCCCGCCAACCGCCGCAACCGCUUUGAACCAGUUGCAGACAAAGUUCCAUGAUCCGACAGUGAGGGUAUGGGCUGUUGAGGUUUUCCUUACUGCUUACAAACUCAUCAGUCCAAGGCCGCCGAGUAGCUCGAUCUUCGAAUCCCUUCAACUUCGUUACGGAAAGCACCUAGAAAUCCUUAAAGUGGGCCGUGUUUACUCACAACCAUCCAUGGUUUUGGCUUACAUAGAUCUGGACAAUGUUAGAUCACUACGGCGGGCCACAGUCUACACCAAAUGGUAUCGGGAGCUUUUCAAGCAAUGGCCUGAUAACAAGCCUGUGAGAGCAAUUUUGAAGAAAAGGUUACGCCGAAUGCAACCUCGAGAACGGCAAUAUGAUCCGUUCUUACUGCCGGUUCUAGUAGCUUUAGGGCAAGAGAGGCGGCGACGUAGCUUUGUUAGCGGUAUUCCUGACCCAUUUUCAGGAGCACACGAGCCUCCGUCAAGCCCAGAGCUGCCGCAGGGCACGAGACGAGCCUCUACAAAUGUUACUAUCUUAGCUACAACCAGUCAUGAUCCGGAACACAUUUGGGCAUACACUGUUGAAUUCACCGAUGCCUUUCUAGACUGCUUUGACGACCCUUCCAAGCCCUGCGAAGCGGAUCAAUUAUCCAUAUCACACUCAAGAAUACCAGUCUCACCGAUUGAGGUGACCACAACAAUGCUGCUGGAGGCCCUUGCCACGAAGCAUUAG